AUGAGCGGGCACAGCAAGGAAGGCGUGCGUCUCUGUGAACACAUAGUAUCCCAGGCAUUUGGUGGCAUCGUUCAACGAGUCGCCUCGACGCUCUUGAACCGAGGAAGAUUACCAGCCACCACAGUCGCACGCCUAUCCGGUCUCUCGCCACACGUUACAAACGAAUCCCUCCUUAUUUUAUUACAGCACAAUCUUGUGCAGUCUAAUGGAGCAUCGGUGAAGCAGACGGGAGAGGAUGAGCAGUACGAAUUUAAUGUGGACGAGUGUUUGUUGCGGUUACGGUGGGGGCGAAUAUUGGCCAUAACGCACGAGAAGCUAGAUCUGGUGGCUGUACAAGUCGUCAAGCAGCUCAUGAUCUAUGGCAAACUCAGAGUUCCAGAUAUUGUAUCUGCUUGUGGUGGUGAUUCAGACGCUAUCCGAGCGGAAGCCGUCACCAACACCAUCAUCUCCCUUCUCCUCAACCGUUUCCUCGAAUGUACUGCGCCCGAACUUCAGAUCCUCGAAUCAGAUCAGAUCGAACGGCGCUUUGCGGCCAAUCGUAAACGCAUGGUCCUUGCGCAAGGCUCCUCCCUCCUCUCCGCCAACGACCUCGAAAACUGCCGCCUCGAAGCCUCCCACGACGUCCGCACCGAAGCAACCUCCCUCCGCGCCGUAUCCAACAUCCUCAUCCAAAAGCCCAAAAUCGACCCCAAAAAGAAACGCAAGCCCGCAAACGCCAAUCCCAUUGACGACUUCGACUUUUCGCUCAAAGAAAACGUCCACCUGCGAGUCAACUAUGAUCGGUAUGGGGUGUUUAUCAGGAAUGAGCUGAUCGUCAAGGCGGCUGAGGAUCGGUGGAAUAAGGGAGCCGGUGUCGUCAUGCGGGCGGUGUUGGAGGGAAGUGUGCAGGAUUCGUCGGCUUUGCGGGAUGAUCGGACGCACGAUCCCGUAUCUAUCAACACCAUCAUCUCAUCCAUCCCCCCCUCUUCCGCCCCCCUCCUCCUCGCCGGUAUCUCCGCACCAUCCAAAUCCUCCCUACCCGACCUCGCCCGGCAUUACCUGACGAUACUCGCUGCUGAAGAUCAGGUUGGCAAUGGGGGAUGGCUGGUCAGGGAGGGGAGCACGAAUCCGGGGUAUAGAGUCGAGUUUGAAGCGAUCUGUGUGAGGAUGAGGGAGAGUUUGUUGGGUGAUUUGGUUAGGGAGAAGCUUGGGGAUAAGGCAGCGAGGGUUUUGGCGGUCGUCACCAAGUCCAACAAGGCGUUCGAAACCACCAUCCGUGAUUGUGCAAUGGUAUCCCUCCGAGACGCCCGUUACAUUCUGGCCGAACUCCAACAACUCUCCCUCGUCGAAACCCAAGAAGUCCCCAAAACCGCCGCCAAAUCCCGCCUCGGCCUCCCCUCUUCGGCAGAAUACCAUCUCUGGGCCGUCGACCUCCCCCGCGUAUACGGCGUCCUCCUCACCAGCGUCUACAAAGCCCUCGGAAACAUCUUGCAGCGAAAAGCGGCCGAAGUCGGCAAGAAGAGCACGGUGCUUGCGAGGGAGCAGAGGGUGCUGGGGCAUGAAGGCGGUAGGGGGCUGUUACAGCUAAAAGAUCAGGAGGAUCUGGCCGAGUUGGAUGAUUCGAUGAACAAGUUGACGUUGGCAGAGCUGAGGAGCGAGCUUGUAGUAUUCAUCUUGCGCGAUCUGCCGGGGUGGCCUGGGUCGGGGUGA